AUGGUGGAAAGCCGUCGAAGGGCAUGGAAAGUUGGCAGACGAGCAGCGCACACGAUUGGCCGGCCGAGUAGUGCUGCUUUACGAUGCAAGCCACGUAGCUUCCUAGCUAGUCAACUGGCGCUAGUCCCGAAGCCGCACCCCUGUCUGGUCACCGCCGCUUUGCUCAUGGCCGUCUUUUACCCGCUAUCACCUCACUCACCCCCGAUGCCUCCAUAA